AAGAACAUUGAUAAGAAGAACGUUCAAGUUGUGCCCUCCCCGAUAACAAAAUGAUUAGACGCAGUUUUGGCUCGUUUCUGUUACAUAAAAUGUCAAGACCAAAAGCAAUUGUGAGACAUGGGAAGCGUGACACAAUCGUUGCAUUACUUGGAUGGGCGGGAGCUGUUGACAGAAAUGUGGAGAAAUAUGCAGGGAUUUAUCAAAAGAAAGGGUACACAACAGUUCAAUUCACAGCUCUUGCGGCUGUUAAAGGAUGGGGAACUAAGGAUGGUAGAAAUGUGGAUCAUCUAGCAAGCACACUUGACUCUGUCCUUAUAAAUCCUUCAAAUCGUCUUGUAUUUCAUGUAUUCUCUAUGAAUGGAUUUAUUGCACUCACUUCUCUUGAUUCACAAUUUCCAGAAUUAAAAGCAAUUGAAAAAUGCGAUGGAAUAUUUAUGGAUUCAUGUCCAGCAUGCUUCUCUUUUUCAAUUGAGAAUAUGCAAAAACAUGCAUUGGUCAUGAAUCAUGUUUAUGAUCAAUUGAUCAAAAACUCGAAUUUCGUACUUGGAAACUUUUAUAAAGUUUACAAGAAAUGGGAAACAGCAAGGUUUGGAUAUCAAAUGAUUAUGGACACAAUGUCUAUAAAAGCUGGAUUGUGUACAAUUGAAGAGGCAAAUCCGUUCUUUUAUCUAUUGAAUCAUCCACAUCUUCCACCAAUCUUAACUUCUAUUUUUUCCGAUAAUGACAUUGUUUGUUCUGCUGAUGAAAUCAACUUAUUCAACGAGUGUGCUGCAAAGAAAAGUGAUAAGAAGAGACAAAUCAUGGCGACUAGGCUAAAAGAUACUGCACACGUCGAACACUUCAGAAAGUAUCCGAAAUUAUAUUUGGAGAAAAUGGACGAGUUUUUGCAAAAAGUGGAAAAACUUAGAAAUGGCGGGAAUUCAAAGCUAUAAAACAUGAUGCUAAAUAAAUGAUACAUUUUUAAAU